AUGAAGGGUCAUGUCAUCCUCACCUCCCUGAUGGACGGCAGUAAGAACUCCUCUCUGUGCUUUCCUAACCAUAACUUCUCCUGCAGGAAGCUGCUGCUGCCCCUCUCUGAGACUGGUCUGUUCCACACAUUGCUGACUCUCAUCUCCCUGCUCACUGUAAUGCUCAACCUGCUCGUCAUCAUCUCCAUCUCCCACUUCAGGCAGCUGCACAACCCAACCAACUCCCUGCUCCUGUCCCUGGCUGUGUCUGACCUGGCGGUGGGGCUGCUGGUGAUGCCCAUCGAGGGGCUGCGGUACUUGGAGACAUGCUGGCUGCUGGGGAGACUGAUGUGUGCUCUGACUCCUUAUGUCUUUUACUGUCUGAUCUCUGCCUCUUUGGGCCACAUGGUGCUUAUAUCUGUAGAUCGCUAUGUGGCCAUCUGUGACCCACUCCUUUACCCCACUAGGAUCACAAUGAUUAAUGUGAAGAUCUGUGUUUCUCUCUGUUGGGUCUGUUCGCUGCUCUACAACGGAUUGAUCCUGAUGGGACACUUAGGCCAGCCAGAUAGGUUCAGCACCUGUCACGGGGAGUGUGUUGUAGUUAUCAGCCGAAUUUCAGGAACUGUUGAUCUCUUCAUCUCCUUCAUAGCACCAUUUACUGUCAUGGUUGUUCUUUAUUUCAGAGUGCUUCUGGCUGCUCUCUCACAGGUGCGUCUCAUCCGUUCACAGACAGCGGCUACAGCUGUAAAAUCAGCUCAAGCUGUAACAAGAUCUGAGUGGAAGGCAGCCAGGAGCCUCGCCAUUGUAAUUGUUGUGUUUAUAAUGUGUUAUUGUCCUUAUUUUUAUCCUUCUUUUGAUGGCACGGACACAUCCAACAGCUUGUCCUACUUCGCUGCUCUGUCUUGGAUCUUGAUGCUGAACUCUUGCAUGAAUCCUAUCAUUUAUGUUUUGUUCUACCCCUGGUUCAGAAAAGCUAUCAAACUUAUCCUAACCCUAAAAAUACUGCAGCCUGACUCCUGCGACAUGAAGAUGAUGUAGGUAGAGCUGACCACAGAUCAGAUGUGUGAUUGUUUUUCAGUGAUAAAGAUUUUAAAGAUGCUCACAUUUUAUACUGUGUGAUCAGACUUCAUGUGCAUUAAGUUAAACAAGCAGCAGAGGUUUCUAUAGCUGCCAUGUUUUUAAUGAAUCUCACAUGAACAAAGACGACCAAAUAGGAACAUUUCUAGAAGGAAAACUAUUAUGACACAGAGCCUUUAACUGUGCGGUUUUGACCUGUUCAUGUAUACUUUAUA